AUGCUGCCCGACUCGUUGGAGGAGCUACAGGAGGAGGUGGAGGAGCGCAUAGGGCAGGCGAACCGCAUUGUGUGCCCCAACCCCCACGUGCUGCAGCAGUUCCAAGAACGGCAGGAGCAGAUCCGCAGCAUGCAGCGCAAGGUGGAGUGUGACAGGCAGCAGCUGGAGGGGCUCAGGACGGAGGUGGAGCGCGUGCAGCAGCUGGAGGAGCUCAAGUCGGAGGUGGAACGCGUGCAGGGUAUCUGGCUGCCGCGCCUCCGCUCACUGAUCGUUCGCAUCAACGAGGCCUUCUCCAGAAACUUCCAGGAAUUGGCCGUUGCCGGGGAGGUGGCGCUAGUCUCCCUUCAGAUGAAAGGGGGGCUGACUUUCGCUCAUACGGCAUUUGAAUCCGAGUCAAGUUCAGGUGAUUCAGCUUCAGGUGAUUCAGUUCAGGUGGCUCAGCAGCAGGUGGUUCAGUCUCAGGGAGAGUGCAGAGCUGCAGGACUUGAGUGCACACCACCAGUCUGGAGGGGAACGUUGCUGUUCAAAGGGGUUCUUGCUGUGCUGGCAGGGGUGGUUUUUGCUGUGCUGGCAGGGGUCCUUGCUGUGCUGGCAGGGGUCCUUGCUGUGCUGCCAUCUGUUGUGUGCGGCGCGGCGCCUGUUGUUGUUGCCUUAGCUUUGCUCCUUAAGAUGUGGUGA